CCAAACAAAACCCUAAUAAAUUACCUAAAACCCUCUCCUGCUAAAAAAAAAACUUGUUCUUUCUCCCACUCGAACGUGAACAUGGUGAAGGGAGGCAGAAAGAACACGAGCAGGAGGAUUUCGUUGAAGAGGAAGAGCAAGGUAUUGAAGAAGGUGAAGGAACACCACAAGAAGAAGGCCAAGGAAGCCAACAAAUUGGGCAUCAAUCGGAAGCAUAAAAUCGACAAGGAUUCCGGCGCGUCCAACGAUUCGCCCUUCAAUGAACAGGAGCUCAAGGCCCUCGAGGCCCGGCGGCAGCACAAAAUCCACGCGGCGGAGGAGCAGAAAUCCGCCCGUAUUGAGAGGGCUCCAAAGAGAAAAUUGGGGGUUUUGGAGGAUGAUGAACGUAAUCCUGCUGGAGAAGAGAUAGUCACUAGAAAUCGGGACCACUCAGAGAGGACUUUUUACAAGGAGUUGGUCAAGGUGAUUGACGCUUCCGAUGUAAUUCUGGAAGUUCUUGAUGCUCGAGACCCCUUGGGUACUCGCUGCGUCGACAUGGAAAAGAUGGUUAUGAAAGCAGGGCACGAUAAGCAUCUUGUUCUGCUUCUCAAUAAAAUCGAUCUUGUCCCUCGUGAAGCUGCAGAAAAGUGGCUCAAGUAUCUUAGAGAGGAAUUACCAGCAGUUGCAUUUAAGUGCAGCACCCAAGAACAGAAAUCUAACCUUGGAUGGAAAUCAGCCCCCAAAUCUGGGAAAACGGGCAAGGCAAGCAGUCUUCUGUUAACAAGUGACUGUCUUGGGGCUGAAACUCUUAUCAAAUUGCUGAAAAACUAUUCCAGAAGUCACGAUAUAAAAAGAUCUAUUACUGUGGGUGUUAUUGGGCUGCCUAAUGUUGGCAAAAGUAGUCUGAUUAAUAGUUUGAAAAGAUCUCAUGUUGUCAAUGUUGGUGCUACUCCCGGGCUGACGAGAUCUAUGCAAGAAGUCCAGCUGGAUAAAAAUGUGAAAUUACUGGAUUGCCCUGGAGUCGUGAUGCUUAAGUCUGCAGAAAGUGAUUCCUCUAUUGCUCUUCGCAACUGCAAGAGAAUUGAGAAAUUAGACGAUCUAGUUGGUCCUGUUAAACAAAUUCUCAAGCUUUGUCCGGAGAAAGUAUUGUUGACAAUAUACAAAAUCUCGAGUUUUAGUUCUGUUGAUGACUUUCUUCAGAAGGUUGCUACUGUUAGAGGAAAGCUUAAAAAGGGUGGCAUUAUAGACGUGGAUGCUGCGGCCAAAAUUGUUUUGCAUGACUGGAAUGAAGGUAAAAUCCCGUAUUACACCAUGCCUCCAACUAGAAAUGCAGAGGAGCCUUCUGAGGCAAAGAUUAUCUCCAAACUGGGGAAGGAAUUCAACGCUGACGAAGUUUACGGUGAAGAAUCUUCAUUUAUUGGCAGUUUGAAAUCCGUCAAUGAUUUCAAUCCAGUUGAAGUACCUUCAGACCCUCAGUUAAAUUUCGACAUGAUGCUUGAGGGUGAUGGGCAGAUUCAGUCUACGAGUGAAGGCAACGGUGACCAGCCCAUGGAAUCUGAUGAAGAGGAUAAUGCUACUGUGUUGGAAGAGGAGAAACUUAGCAAUAGCAGUAGAAGGCAAAAUGUGAAGCUGUAUGGUGAAGAAGGUAUGCUAAACACCAAGUUGAGAAAAGCGAGCAAGAAAAGGCUCAAAAGGGAAAAUCGACCUGUCGCAAUGGACGAUGAUUUUAAGGUUGAUGAUCUGACAGACGAUUGUGACAUGGAUGUUCGCAAUAAUGAUGACGUGGCGGAAAAGAGCAAUAAAAAUAGAUUUGAGCUGCCUUCUGGAGUAGAGUUGGAUGAGUAAAAAUAUGAAAUAUACAUACCAGUAUGCAUACCGAUUUGGAGUAGUCGAAUCAUCAAUACUCCAUCCCAAAAAAAAUGGAAUUUUGUUAGUGAAAAUUUGUCUUUGGAAUUCAAUAUUUCUUGAUUAUUGACAAUGUAAUUUAUUUUUGAAGGCAAUAUGUUUCGAGUAAUAA